AUGGCCCACUACGCCAGCUACAGCGCUCAGAGCCCGUACGGUCACCCCUCGCCACCUUUCUACCAGCAGCACCCAAUCGCCAUGCCCGUCGCCAUCCCUGUCCUGCAGCCGCCGGCUGUCCGUGUCUACCCCGUCGCCAUACCUGCAGCGACCUAUAUGGAACGCUCCAGAUCGGCCCCAGUCUACUACGUGCGACCUAUGAGUCCUGUUCCCUCAUCCCCCGUACCAAGCUACGUGAACCUGAGCUCUAUCCUGGGUGCGCAGUCCACUCCACACAGGCCAAGCUGCCCCAGCCCCCUGGGUCAUCGCGAGCGACGCGGCAGCUCGACACAACCCACGCAGCCUCCUUCCACACAAGGGCAAAUGCGUCUUGCAAACACACCUGGCCCGAGCCGCAGUCCGCUACCCAGUGCAUACACAUCCGUAACGACUGCCAAGCAGGAUGUGCAUGCCAAGCGCGGUGGUUUACAAGGUCACUCCCACGCCAGCCGGCCCCGGUCAGGUAGCACUGGCGUACUUCACACGUCGCACAAGCCACAUCCACCAAACCCAAACCGUGUCCGCUUCUCUCGCGAGGAGCUAGGUCCUCACACACCACCCAAAGACCACGUCUUGCUCCCGCCGCCGCCGCAUCACCUACUCGUGUAUGGCCAGCCGCCGCAGACGCAUCCCGUGGCAACGGCAGUCCCCAUGUAUAUGUACGAGUACGAGGGGCGUGGCCUUCGCGAGGGAGUCGAUCCUGGGAGUGGAGGAAACCCCAGUCGUCGUCCAGCGAGCCCACGGGGACAGUCCGCCUCGGAGCGCCACCCGCACGACCACCUCGGACAUUGGCAUUCGGAAUACAACCACUCCAAGCGGUAA